AUGGCCUUCCAGAGAAGCCUUGAGCCAGGAAAGAGGGUAAAGAUACACCGCUACAAGACUCCGGUAGCCACCGGGGCCAUCAUAGAGGAGGAAGUCCAGAAGAAGCUGCUUCCCCACAGAUUUGACCCGGAAGAACCAGCCUCUCAUGGUGAAGUGGACAGAGGAGACGGCGAAUGCGUCCAAGACCUAAGAGAGGCCCUAUGCACCCGGCCAGUCUUGGUGACCCCCGAGUUCAGCAAAGACAUGACCGAUCAAACAGAUACUUCAGAGGUGGGCAUAGGAGCUGUCCUCGCUCCAGGUUGUAAGGAGUGUUGUGAGCGAUGUGUUGGCAGUCUGCCCUGGGCCUCUCUCAUCGCCACCAUCCUCCUCUACAUGGGGGUGGCUUUGUUCUGUGGGUGUGGCCACGAGGCUUUAACUGGCACCGUCACUAUCCUUCAAAACUACUUUGAGCUGCUCAGAGCGCCCGGGGCGGUGCUGGACGUCUUCACCAUCAUCGACAUCCUGAAGUACAUUAUCUAUGGACUGGCGGGUGGAUUCUUUGUGUUUGGGGUGCUGUUGCUGGUUGAGGGUUUCUUUACCACCGGAGCCAUAAGGGACCUCUAUGGCGAGUUCAAGAUCACUGCCUGUGGACGCUGUCUGACCGCCUUCCUGAUGUUCUUGGCCUACCUGUUCUUCCUGGUCUGGCUGGGAGUGACAGCUUUCACCAGCCUGCCUGUCUUCAUGUACUUCAACGUCUGGUCCAUGUGUCAGAACACCAGCUUGGUGGAAGGAGCCAACCUCUGCCUGGACCUGCGUCAGUUCGGAGUGGUGACCAUCUCUGAGGAAAGGAAAGUGUGUACCGGAUCGGAGAAGUUCUCCAAGAUGUGCAAAUCUAAUGAGCUCGACUUGACCUUCCAUCUGUUCGUGUGCGCGCUGGCGGGGGCAGGAGCUGCAGUCAUAGCCAUGGUCCACUUCCUGAUGGCGCUGGCGGCUAACUGGGGCUACCUGAAGGACGCCAGCCGGAUGCAGAAAUACGAAGACAUCAAGUCGAAGGAGGAGCAAGAGCUGCACGACAUCCACUCCACGCGCUCCAAAGAACGCCUCAACGCCUACACAUAA